UUGGGACUGAUUAAACUCAGAGCGGAACAGGCAGCUCAUCACUCAGUGUGUUCCCGCUGCCAAUGGCUCAGCGCUGGCUUGCUGCUCUCCUGCUUAUUCUGACUGCUCAUCAAGGUUUAUCCAUCCCUGUCAUUCAACCAAAGAAUGGGACGUUGAUUAAGAGAAAGGGCGAUCGCAUCGAACUUCAAUGUACAGACCGCUCGAACAUAAGAUGGAUAAUUCCACCAAGUGCAAGAAGAGGCAUCAAGCAAAACAGGGUCAUUAUCGAAUCAGCACAACCAAAGCAUACAGGCAGCUAUGCAUGCCAAAAUCGCAUUUCUUUUGCAACCAGCUCCCUUUACAUAUUUGUGGAAGACCCCAAGAAUUUGUUUAUAACUCCAUCACUGACACAGAAGUUCGUUGGUGGAACAGAAGGGGGUGAGGCUCUCAUUCCUUGUCGAGUUACAACACCUGGGAUUGAAAACUUGAAACUGGAGAGAGUUACUGGAGCAUCCAUCCCCAAAGACAUGUCCUAUACUGCUGACAUUCGCACUGGCAUAAGCAUUGCUAACCUGAAGAGACAUUUUGAAGGGUAUUAUGUGUGCACCGCUGUAAAGAAUGGAAUUGUGAGAAAAUCAGACAAAUUUAAACUGCAGAUAAUACCAGUGCCCAAGAGAGCCCCAGAAAUCACUGUGGAGAUAAGUAAACAGUUGCUGAAGGAAGGAGAGAAAUUUCAGAUGGCUUGCAAAAUUAAAAAUAUCAACCAUGCAGUCACUGUGAAUUGGACUCAUCCACAAUAUUCGCCUGCUAAAGUGACAAAGUCUUCCAACAACUUUCCCAACCAUUAUCAAACCAUACAAACGUUGCGCAUUGAUUCAGUGACAGUCAACGAUACUGGACGUUUCACCUGUUUUGCGAGAAAUGGUUUUGGCUUGUCAAAUGCUUCAGUGUUUCUGCAGGUUGUAGCUGAAGGAUUUAUAAAGUUGUUACCUCCAGAAAGCACUGUGCUUCAUGUAAACAUUGGAAAAAACCUUGUGCUAAAAGUGGAGUUUGAUGCCUAUCCAGCUCCUGAUCAGCAGUACUGGAUUCUCAUGAAUGAGACUUUGCUUAACACAUCGGACCAUUAUAUUAAAUCUGCAGAAUUUGGAAACAGAUACUCCAGCGAACUUCAUCUGGUCCGAGUAAAGGGAACAGAAGGUGGAAUUUAUACAUUUUUUGCUUCGAAUUCUGAUUCCAACUCUACAGUUUCAUUUGACGUCCACAUAAAUAGCAAACCAGAGAUAAUCAUUAUUGAAGAAUCCAAGCCAGGUAAAGUUCGAUGUGUAGCUGUAGGGUUUCCAGAACCAAAAAUAAAGUGGCUUCACUGCCAUGGAUCACAGAAAAGGUGCUUGGACUCAACUAUAACAAUAACAGAGGAAUUGUAUCCAAAAAAUGCAAUAAUAAGUCAGCCUCGUUUUGGAAGGAUUGAAGUAGAAAGCAUAAUUAAUACCAAAGAACUGAACAUCACAGUGGAGUGCCAGUCAUACAACAGCGUUGGCGAGAGUCAUGCAACCUAUCAGAUAAAAGGAGGAAUGCCAAAGACACAUCAUCUCUUUACACCACUAUUGACCCUGUUUGCAGCAGCGGCUGGAGUACUCUGUGUUAUUUUAGUAAUCCUAUUUUACAAAUAUCAACAGAAACCCAGGUAUCAAAUUCAGUGGAAGGUAGUUGAGGGAAUCCAAGGGAAUAACUACACAUACAUCGACCCAACACAAUUACCGUACGAUGAUAAGUGGGAAUUCCCCCGGGAUAAACUGCAUUUUGGUAAAACACUUGGUGCUGGAGCCUUCGGGAAGGUUGUGGAGGCUUCUGUUUAUGGAUUGACAAAGGCUGAUUCCAUAAUGACUGUUGCAGUAAAGAUGCUUAAACCAAGUGCCCAUUCAACAGAGAAGGAAGCUCUGAUGUCAGAACUGAAAGUCUUGAGUCACCUAGGGCAGCACAUCAACAUCGUCAACCUGCUGGGAGCAUGCACUAUAGGAGGCCCAGUUCUGGUGAUCACUGAGUACUGCUGUUUUGGUGACCUUCUGAACUUUCUGAGAAGGAAACGAGAUUCAUUUGUUUGGCCAGAACAUAAAGAACAGGAUAUGGCAAAGACACAAUAUGAGAAUAUUCCAAGUCUGAGGAACACUGAGAGAAAUGGUUCUGGAUCAUAUAUGGAAAUGAAACCAAGUUGCACAGCAUUGCCACAAAAACAUGUGGACCAAAGAAAAUCCCCAAACAAGGAAUCAUACAGUGAUAAGGAAAACAACAAUGGUGUCACUGAAGAAUAUAACUUGGCUUUGGAAAUUGAAGAUCUUCUCAUCUUUUCUUAUCAAGUUGCAAAGGGAAUGAACUUCCUUUCUUCUAAGAAUUGCAUUCACAGAGACUUGGCAGCAAGAAAUAUUCUUCUAACCAAUGGACAAAUUGCAAAAAUAUGUGAUUUUGGUCUGGCUAGAGAUAUCAGGAAUGAUUCCAACUAUGUGGUGAAAGGCAAUGCUCGUCUUCCUGUGAAAUGGAUGGCUCCAGAGAGCAUUUUUGACUGUGUGUACACAUUUGAGAGUGAUGUCUGGUCUUAUGGCAUUUUAUUAUGGGAAAUUUUCUCAUUAGGGAGCAGCCCUUACCCUGGUAUUCCUGUGGAUAAUAAGUUCUAUAAAAUGAUCAAGGAAGGGUACCGAAUGCUAAGUCCUGAACUUGCAUCUACUGAAUUGUAUGAAGUCAUGAAGGCUUGCUGGGAUGCUGAUGCAUUAAGAAGACCUACAUUUGAGCAAGUUGUGGAGAUGAUUGAAGGCCAGCUUUCAGAGACCUCGAAACAUAAAUAUUCCAACUUGGAGUCAAAUUUUACCACCAGGCUGAAAUUUCCCAGUCACUCCUCACGUCUUAAUUCAGCCGGCAGCAGCAAUGCUUCUGACCAACCGCUGCUAAUGAAUGAUGAUGUGUUCUUUGAAGAUGAAAACAAACACAUGCAAAAUUGAUUUUGAAUCAAAAUCCGAAAUACAUACAUCCUGCUGAAGCUAAUAUACAGACAAAUGACUGAAUGUAAAUUUUAUUAACAUAUAUAUAUGUUGGAAUUGUGAAUUUACUUGGAAACUGCUAUGCUGUGGUCCUGUGUGGCUAAGUUAUAUCCUCUAGAAUAACAUACACCAGAGUAAUAAGUGGCAACUUUUGUAAGACUCUUUGAGAGUGGUUUCUCAUAUGUAAUGCUUCUAAUUUUGUAGAAAAGGCUAUUUCAAAACUUUAUUUUUGAACUAUAUACAAUUGUAUUGAUCAUUUACUUUGCUGCGAUGAAUAUUUGGACAAAAGCAAGAUUCUCUUGUGUAGCUAAUUUAUCUGGUAAAUAGUAAAUGAAGCUCCUGAAUUUAUAGGAAGUGCUAAGCAGUCCUCUGGCUCUUUAAGAUGGAUGGAUAUGUGCUAGCAAUGGAAAGGCAACAGCUGCCUUUUUUAAAUGUCUACCUUUUAUUUUCUGAUGUUUGCAAUUUUUUAAUGCUCUGACAUGCUCUGUUACUGAUUUGAUUCCAGACCAAUUAAAUGCCUUGGUUCACUACUCAGUCUAACCAUGAGGGUGAGAACAGAAUGCACUAAUAUGUUAUUAAUAUGAUCUUCACUGUCAAUGUUCAUUGACAUUAUUACAAUUACAUAACCAUGUGUAAAAAAGCAAGACAGAGAGUUCAACAUUCUGCAAGUUGAUUAUGGGUGUACAUUUAAUUCUAUUUUGCUAAAUUUUCUAGCUGCAGUACUGCAAUGAGUGACCCUAAUACCGAAUUGGAAAUCUUGCAGAAAUACAAUAAUUCAGAGGAUUGACAAAUUAAUUGAGCAAUGACUAAACUCAGAAUGUCAGAUAUUCUCCAACUUACUUCACGUCUUGCCUUCAUGAGCGCCAAACUCUUACACAAAUCUGUACAGACGCAAAGUUACAGAUUUACUGAGCAACACUUAAGGCUUUUUAAAUCAGUAUGCUUAAGAAAAGGGAAAUAAACACUUUUAUCAUUAAUAAGGCACGACAAUCUUGCUACCAUAUUGCUCAACAGCUGAAGACAAUCACAGAGAAUGAAAUUAGAAUAGCAAAUGAGUGCUUUGCAACUUGAGAUUGAAAUAUUUUGCCUUCUAAAAUAUUAGUUUUGAUAAAACUGUGCACUAUGUUGUGAAAUAAAUGAGAAAUUCCUCUUCCAAUUGUGUAGCUACAUGUCAAUGUUUUCUACUGGCAUACCUUGUCAAAGUCGAUAAGGGGUGAGAGUGAACAAUGGUACAAAUCCUGUCAAGAGGACAAGUUAACAAAGAUGUUGUCUCACACCAUUAUUAGUCAAAAUUGCAUAACACGUGCUUGCUGAUAUUUACUUGCAAGAUUAAGGAAGUUGAACUUUAAAGUACUUUUUGUUCUUUUUUCAUAUGUACAAUGACAAAGGCUAAUCGUCUUCAAUUAAGUUGUUAUAGGUUAAGGAAGUUAGCUUCAAAAUCCAUCUAGCAAUUUAAUUUUACUAAACUUUGACUGCACAAACACUGCAACGAAAUGAACUGGUUAGGCUUUAAUAGCUUGAGGGAAGAAUAAUCGCAAUAAAUGCAUGCAGUGGAAAACUAUUUCUAAAUACAGCAAUGCCAUUGUACUGAUUGCAUUUGCUUUAAGGCAUUACUAACCUAGUAAACAGUGUAUUUUGUUUGCCCAGUAAUGUAGGUUACUCCACAGAACUGUAACCACAUUACAGGUCAUUGAACUCAUAGCUGACAUAUGCAUGAUACAUUUCUGACUUUGACUAUUUUGGAUAAAUUAUCUCAUUUUAAGGUUAUUGAUUAAUUGUAAUUUUAUUCCAAAGUCCGUUUUUAUUAUUGCUAUGGAAAUGAAUGAGUGAAACAGUCUACCAGGUACAUUCACCUCUUUGUUCAAUGUAGCAAUAUGAGAUCCAAAAAGACAGAACUCUAAACAUGGAAUGUAAAUUCAUAAGAUCCAUCUUAUACUCUUAAGUCAUAAUCUAAGUGUGAAUUGUCAAGUUAUCAAUAUGAUUGUAGAACAAAUGUAUGACAUAUGCUUAUGUUUACUAUUUAUUGGAUGAGUCAAGUAAAAGUGAUUCAUACUGACUUUUAAGAUGCAAGCCCUCAUGACAAAAGGUUUAGAAAAAUCUUGCUUUUAAAUGUGGAUCAUUGAUUUAUAAAUAUCAAUGCAACAAAGAUUGACCUAGCAAUUUGGAUGUUUCAGUCUCUGUGCAUCAAUGAUGAGGCCUAAGGUAACCCCAUUAUUAACCUAUUGAGGCAAUUUCUGUGGAGCCAGUAAGUUAUAGAAAGCUCUUUGGUGUAACUAAAGAGUAGGUUGCUGCUGUGAUUGUCUUGUUCUGAAGAAGAAUCAUAUUUGUCUCACAAGAUUAACUUUGUUUCUCUCUCCACAGACCUGUAGAGUCUCCCUAGCACUUUCUGCUUUCAUUCAGAUCUCCAACAUCUGCUGUAUUUUGCUUUUAUUUGUAGUUUGUUAUAAAUUUUUGUUGCAUAAGUUAUCAGAAAAAUAAAUUACAUGUGAGUAAUCUCAUUUUAUUUCUCUUUAAAUCUUUCAUAAUUGGGAGCAGUUGCAAGAUUUAAGAGUUUUCAGGUUGCGUAGUUUUCUAGAACUGGCAGUGAUAGCUUUUUGUAAGGGAAAUUCUAGGAUAGAUGUGUCAUUCCAGAGUGUUGCAGGAAGUCAAAAUCAAACACACUGCAGUGAUGUUGUGCUGUUCAUUCUAUCAUACUAUUUAUGAAUAUUAAGUAUCUUGUAUGAUUCUGCACUUAAGAUCUUUUUCCUUUAAGGCCCAUUUUACAAUUUCCUACUUGUUUUUCAACAUUUGAAUAUAUGGUGAUAAUUAAUGUAGAUAAUGGCUGAUUAAAUGUCCAGAUUUGUAGCUUAGAAAAUAUGUCAGGUAAACUAUUGGUGAAUAAAUUCAAAUAGGAGUGUGCUAGCAAUUUUCAGAAUCAGUGUUCGCACAGGGCAGUCUUGUUUACACUAACACAUUUGUAUAAACAUAUGGAAUAAUAAAAUGUGAGGCUGGAUGAACACAGCAGGCCCAGCAGCAUCUCAGAAGCACAAAAGCUGACGUUUCGGGCCUAGACCCUUCAUCAGAGAGCCUGCUGUGUUCAUCCAGCCUCACAUUUUAUUAUCUUGGAUUCUCCAGCAUCUGCAGUUCCCAUUGUCACUGUAUAAACAUAUGGACUUCUUUUCUUGACAAUGACGUUUAAAUUCUUUGCUAAAUAAUGGACAAAAAAAUGAAUGUUGAAGAUCCAAUAGAUUUGUGUGGUAACAUCCCUCAAACCAAAGUUUUCAGAUGGAUUAAUUGAGGAAGAACUGAAAAGUAUGGGAGAAGCUAUCAAAACUAAUUGAUGUUUACUACAAUAUAAUUAAAUAUAUCUUGGACACUAGUGCAAAGCAGGCAAUAAUGAAUCAUCUUUCUAUUUUGCACUGAUGCCGCUGGUCUGUGAUGAGUUUCAUUGUAUUUUCCCUUCUGCGAUCUGAUUACAUUACAAUUAGCCCAAUAUGACAGCUCCAGUGUUUGGAUAUUUACAUGAGCAUUUUUACCAAGACAAUGUGAUAGAUUUUCCAUUGAGAAGUCUGUCUGAAAAGUGCAUGUUAUUAAGAAUUAAUUUUCUUCAACCAAUCUGCUAAUUAACUGAGCAAAUCAAAAGAUUUAAAUGUCUGCCAGGAGCUGGCUGAUCAGUUGUAGCCAGCAACGGGAUUUAUCUUUGCUUUUGAUUUUAGAUUGGAACAGGUACUGAUCUGUUGAGAGCCAUGUUGUAGUAGUACACAAUCUAUUAUAGAAUGGUGCUAGGGAAAACGUGCAGUUAACUUAUCAGAAUUUCCAUUGCGCAGCUCUGUAAGCCUGGAUAUCUGUGCAAUCAAUUUGUAGUUUUGCCCACCUAUAUACUAUUUUAGAAUAACCUCUCCGGUCCAAUACCGCAGUAGAAUUAAUCAGAGGAGUAAUGGUUGAUGAGUAAUCAUCACAAAGGACAAAUUCACGGCUGCUCCGUGAUGGGUGAUCAGAUGGGGAAAUUUGCUCCCAGUUAUUGCCAAUAAUUAAUUCUGGCCACUGGUCAGACCUGGUGCCUGGUUAAUGUUAGAUACUAUCAACAGCAAUAAAAGUGUGGCUAAUUCAAUGGCAAAGAAGGAUUUGCUUCCGAUGGAUUAAGUGACUUUUGUAUAUCGUAUUUUUAAUACCUACUCGGCUACUGCAUGGUUAUUCAUGACAGAAUUUGGAAUAUUGUUUUUGCAGAAAUGUUUAA